AUGACUAAUGAAUGCCAUCGUAACCUCAACUCAAACUCACAUCACACCAUAAUAAGGGAAACACCUUCUCCCUUCCUCUCCUCUGUAAAAUCCCAUUUCUCACUUUAAAUUCUUCAUUUUUCAGAUACACUACAUUUUAUUUACAAGGGAGAGAGAAGAAAAAAAAAUUGAAGUCUCAUACAGGGCUAGAAAGUCGAUUUCGACCCAUACGAAAAGCUUGAUUAAAAAAGUAGUUGCACUGAGGGGUGCAAGUUUGAGUUAGGGUUUUGGUGUUUGGUGUUUGGUGUUGAAGUGGGUGAGAAAUGGAGAAGAAGAAAGUGGUGGUGCCUUUGGUUUGCCAUGGACAUUCGCGGCCCGUGGUUGAUUUGUUCUAUAGUCCUGUAACCCCUGAUGGGGUCUUCCUCAUUAGUGCUAGCAAGGAUUCCAAGCCAAUGCUUAGAAAUGGUGAGACUGGAGAUUGGAUUGGGACGUUCGAAGGGCACAAGGGUGCAGUGUGGAGUUGCUGCUUGGACACCAAUGCUUUGCGUGCAGCAUCUGGUUCUGCAGACUUUUCUGCGAAAAUUUGGGAUGCAUUGACCGGUGAUGAACUGCACUCAUUUGAGCACAAGCACAUUGUUCGAGCUUGUGUUUUCUCGGAGGAUACUAAUUUUCUACUGACUGGUGGAGUUGAGAAAAUUCUUCGAAUAUAUGAUCUGAACCGUCCAGAUGCACCUCCUAGAGAGGUGGCUAAGUCUCCAGGCUCAGUGAGAGCCGUCUCAUGGCUCCACAGCGAUCAAACAAUAUUAAGUUCUUGUACUGAUAUGGGAGGUGUUAGAUUAUGGGAUGUAAGAACUGGCGACAUAGUCCGCACACUAGAGACAAAAUCACCUGUUACUAGUGCUGAAGUGAGUCAAGAUGGUCGUUAUAUAACUACUGCCGAUGGGUUCAGUGUUAAGUUUUGGGAUGCUAAUCACUUUGGAUUGGUGAAGAGUUACAACAUGCCAUGUACGGUGGAGUCUGCUACUUUGGAACCAAAAUAUGGAUUCAAAUUUGUUGCUGGGGGAGAAGACAUGUGGGUUCGUGUAUUUGAUUUCCAUACUGGUGAAGAACUUGCAUGCAACAAGGGUCACCAUGGUCCGGUGCAUUGCGUGCGCUUUGCGCCAACUGGGGAAUCAUAUGCCUCGGGAUCCGAAGACGGAACCAUCAGAAUAUGGCAGACAGGCCCCUUAACGAAUGAUGACACUGAUGCAAUCACAGCAAACGGAAAAGUGAAGGUCUCUGCAGAAGAAGUUACGCGCAAAAUCGAUGGCUUCCACAUUGCAGAUGAGGCGAAACUGACAGAGGAGGUUUCAGGGAGUCCCUAAUAUGGCUGGCUACUGCACCUCUAAAAUACUCUUAGGUGUAGACUAUUGUGCAGUUGCUUGUUGCUUGUUGCAGCUGUAGCCUGUUUUUACUAAAAUGCUUCUCUUUUGAACUUCAUGAAGGCUAAAGCUUAAUAUGUACAAGCUUUUUUUGUGUGGGUUUUAUGACACCAGGGUAAACCAAUUACCAACCAUUUUGUACUGAUUUUGUAAUUUUUGAUAUCAUAUAGUAUACAAGACUUGUACGAGGUUAUUUCUUACGGAGUGAGAAUAUUUUGGGCAA